AUGAGAGACAAUGCAACGAAUGACACGGCAGUGACGCAAUUGAGAAUUAUCAAUAUAAACAAGGGUUGUGAUGCUCAUCCAGAAUUUCAUCGUGUAUCCAGUGGACUAACUGUGUCAAACAGUUUGAAUCAAGUCCGGGCCCAGGAAAAAUUCGAAGAAGAUAUCCAAGGCCUGGUUGGCCAUGGGGACGAAGGCGUAAAUUCCGAGGACGACGCUGUUACCUCAAAGGAGAUGAAGAAAAAGAUGAGGAACCAAGCGCCGAGCAACAACAACAGUUUGAUUCCAUACUUGAGCGCGCGAAAAAGUUGGAUCAAAAACUUGCGGAGGAUAUCGCAGAUCUGUUCAACGAGUAGAAGACAAAAAAGCAGAAUCGUUUCAAGGAGAUUUUCAAUAUUGAAACUCUUACUAUUUCUCAAUGCCAAGGAUGAAACAUUGACAAUGCAAAUUUCGUUCAUCAUGUAUUAAUGUUUCAACCUUGGCCUUGUGUUUUGCUGCGACAGUUUCUAUCAGCUUGACAAAUAA